AUGCCGGCUAUAUGUUUCACUCUGCUCAGUGCUUUUUUGUGUUUAGCCAAGACAAACGCCAAAGCUCCCCUCAAAAAGAGAUUUGCUUCACCAGAAUGGCGCGAAGAGGCUGCCAUCGUUGGCUCAACGUCACCUAUGCGCCUGCAUCUGGCCUUGUCGCCGCAGCGCCGCUGGGAAGACGCCGAAGUAGACCUCAUGCGUGUAUCUGAUCCACAGUCUUUGGACUUUGGCAAUUUCUGGACGUCUACAGAAGUUGUUGCCAAAUUCGCUCCCGCGGCAGAGGUAAUUCGGGAGACGCUGACCUGGCUGGGUGAGAGUGGCAUUCGGCCCCAGGGCACGCGCCUCUCCAACGAUAGGAGCUGGAUUCAGAUUGAUACGACAGCAAAGCAGGCAGAGCGCCUUUUGGGCACCAAGGUCAAGAUGUACUCGCAUGCGUCUGUUAGCAGAGCAGAGCCUAGAUUCCACGAGUACAACAUCCCUGAGCAUCUGGAUGCGUACAUUGACUUUGUCAUGCCUCUUGCUCAAGAGACGACCUUGGCUGCAUCUCGUCUGCCAGCAAACAAGCAGAUUGUUGCAGCAAAAGCCAAGCCUAUAAUUCCGCUAGCAAUGCCUUCUUCGAAGGAAGCCUCAAGCUAUCCGUUUACCCUCGCCAACUGCCACAAGUACACCACUCCCGACUGCCUACGAGCUCUCUACGGAAUCCCAUCCAACAUCACGAGCCAUCCCAAAAGCUCCAUCGGCGUGCUCGAAGUUUCUUGGGUAUCCUGGCUGCCGGCCGACCUCGACGCCUUUGCCGACGCCAUGAAUCUUGCCACAAAAGGUAGACGUCCAAUCAUCGUCCCCAUAAACGGUGGCUACUGGCAAAAUACUACCCAAAUACCGUUCCUCAACAUGGAAGCCGAUUUAGAUUUUGAAUACGUAAUGGCCUUGACCCAUCCCACGCCCGUGAUGAACUACCAGCUAGGAGACAUGUUUGUUCCUGGCACGCUCAACAACCUCCUCGCCGCCUUUGAUCGGUUCUAUUGCGGCGCUUUGAACAGCACCAUUGACGGCACGUAUCCGAGCGGGCAGCCAGGCGGGUACAACCAGACCACCGACUGCGGCACCAUCGUCAACCCGACAAAGGUCUUGUCCAUCUCCUAUGCGUGGGACGAGGCAAGCUACCCCAACGAGUACCUGCGGCGGCAGUGCCUCGAGUUCCUCAAGCUGGGACUGCAGGGCGUCACUGUCGUCGUGUCCUCGGCGGACUGCGGUCCUGCUGGCCAGUCUUGCCAGUGCACGGAUGCUCCCAACAAUACCACGCGCUUCCGCCCGACAACGCCAGCGAGCUGUCCCUACGUCACCGUCGUGGGCGGCACACAGUUGCCGCCCAACGCAUCCGUGUUGGACCAAGAGGUGGCCUUUUAUCACACGGCUCCGUCUGGAAAAAUUAGCUCGUCGGGCGGCGGCUUUAGCGACGUCUUCGGCGCUCCGAGCUGGCAGGUUCCUCACACGCAGGGCUACAUCAGCCAGCAAGACCAUGGUCUAGGUCAUCUACAUGGACGCUUCAACCCACACGGUCGGGGUAUUCCAGAUGUGGCCGCCAGCGCUGCAAACUAUGUCGUGGUUGUCAACGGACAGCUGCAGACGGUGCUGGGGACAUCGGCCUCGGCGCCGACGUUUGCUAGCCUGGGGCCAGUAGGAUUUAUGAAUCCUGUCUUGUACAAGAGAAGCGAAGCGCUCAAUGACAUUGUCAAAGGGCACAACUACGGCUGCGGAGGAGAUGGAUUUCCCGCGGACAAGGGGUGGGAUCCGGUCACGGGCCUGGGCACGCCAAGCUACCAGAGGCUGUGGGAUGUCUACAAAACGUUGCCUUGA